AUGAAUGUUAUUUUAUCAUCUAAUAUUUCUUCACAAUAUAUACAAAUAUUUACUAAUAGAUUGAAUAAUACAGCUAUUGAAAUAAUUUUGCAAUUAUUUAAUUAUAUAGGUGCAUUUCAUCUUAUUUGUUUAUCAACGAGAAGAAUAGAUAUUGGUACUUGUUCAGAUAUUAUUAUUGGCAAAUCGCCUGGUUUAUUUAUGUGCGUAGACCGUUGUGUUGUAUAUUAUGAUGAAUAUAUCGAUUGUGCCAUUAGAGCACCAAUUAUGCUACAAGCAAUGAAUAAUCGAUUAACUUAUAAAUUUCUUUUUAUUGAACGUCGUUUAUAUUUACAACCCAGAGUGUAUCAAGAACAACCUGAAUUAGUCAAAAUUGAUAAUAUUAAUGAAACUCUGACUUUUCGAUGGUUUCCAAAAGUUGCUGGAUAUUUUCCAUGA